GAAUGAACAAGAAAUUCGGUCAGCUCGACCUCUGUCAGCCCGAAGAUGCCCAGGCCGAUGACGCAGCUGGGGUGCUGGUGAUUGGCUGCCCUCCGGGUCGCUCCGCAACCGCCAGUCACCCGCUGCAGGCCUGCAUCAUCUCACCUGUCUUGCUCGCUCUCCUCUCUCCCUUCUCCAACUCCUCCUAUCACCUCUCUACCCCUUCCAUCAUCGUUUGAUCCUUAUCUGUAAAGUCCAUUCUUUCAGUUCGCUUUCUCGCUCCUUUCGCGCUCUUGUCGCCCAUCAUGAAGACCUCCUUGCUCGCAGCUUCGGCGCUGCUGGGCUGUGCCUCCGCCGAGGUUCACAAGCUUAAGCUCAACAAGGUUCCCUUGACUGAACAGUUUAUCACUCGCAACAUUGCAGAUCACGCAAAUGCCCUCGGCCAGAAGUACAUGGGCCAGUUCGGACAGCAAACACUCCAGGAUGAACCCGUUAAUGCCAUGGGCCGCCACGAUGUUCUGGUUGACAACUUCUUGAAUGCGCAAUACUUCUCUGAGAUCGAGCUCGGUACCCCUCCUCAGACCUUCAAAGUCGUCCUCGACACUGGUAGCUCCAACCUGUGGGUUCCAUCGUCGGAGUGCGGCUCCAUCGCUUGCUACCUCCACGAGAAGUAUGACUCUUCUGCAUCAUCUACAUACAAGAAGAACGGCAGCGAGUUCGCCAUUCAGUAUGGCUCCGGCAGCCUCAGUGGAUUCGUGUCUCAAGACAACCUUAAGAUUGGUGACUUGAAAGUCAAGGGCCAAGACUUUGCCGAGGCCACCAGCGAGCCUGGUCUGGCAUUUGCCUUCGGCCGCUUCGAUGGAAUCCUCGGUCUUGGUUUUGAUGCCAUCUCUGUCAACAAGAUUGUCCCCCCCUUCUACCAGAUGAUUGAGCAGGGUCUUCUUGAUGAGCCAGUCUUUGCUUUCUACCUUGGUGAUGCCAACAAGGAGGGUGACAGCUCUGUUGCUACAUUCGGUGGCAUUGACAAGGACCACUAUGAGGGUGAGCUGAUUAACAUCCCUCUUCGCCGCAAGGCCUACUGGGAGGUUGACCUUGACGCCAUUGCUCUUGGCGACGACGUUGCUGAGCUGGAAAACACUGGUGUCAUCCUUGACACCGGCACUUCUUUGAUUGCUCUGCCUUCCAACUUGGCUGAGAUGAUUAACGCCCAGAUCGGUGCUAAGAAGGGUUUCACUGGCCAGUACAGCGUCGAGUGCGACAAGCGCGACUCUCUUCCUGACCUUACUUUCACUUUGACUGGCCACAACUUCACCAUCGGUCCUUAUGACUACACCCUCGAGGUCCAGGGAUCGUGCAUCAGUGCCUUCAUGGGCAUGGAUUUCCCCGAGCCUGUUGGCCCUCUGGCUAUUCUCGGUGAUGCUUUCCUGCGCAAGUGGUACAGUGUGUACGACCUCGGCAACAGCGCCGUUGGUCUCGCCAAGGCCAAGUAAACGACCUAGAAUUUAUUAUAUAUGUGUACCCUACGUCGUUUUCUUGUUUUAUUCCAGGCUCUCGUUUGAAUAAAGUCCUCUUUGAGAGCCAUAUUGGAAAUCGUUGUUGCAAAUGAUUCCAGGGCUUGGGAGGUGCCGUGGACUCUCCAUUGUUUCCUGAAUCGGCGAUUCAUUAUUGUCAUAAUGUUGAGGUUCAUCGUUAGUGGAUUUCCCGAGCUAGUGUUACGCUUUGGCCAUGAAAUAACAACUAGACCUGCUGUCAGAAAUGACCCUCUCCAACCAGUAAAUUCAUGAAAACAGUAGUGCGCAUACAGUAGUAGUGUUAGAAUGUUAGUUGUGAAGAAGGUCAAACUGAGGAGUUGUCUUGAAGAAUGAACCUGGCC